UGACAAAAAUAGACUGUAUACCAUUUCACUGAAGCAAGGAAUUGAUAUCCAGGAAACAAGUAUAGCAUAGAACAGUGAUUCUUAACCAUAGGGCCAUGGCCCAAAGUUGGGCCUUCAGCGCCCCCUUGUGGGCCGCAAAAAUCUUUCAGUUUUGCACCUGUGGGCCGCAAGGGCCGUGGGACUGCGUGCAGCUUCCGACCAUGUGGUGGCGGUAAUGCAUCACUCGGUUGUUUAAAAAGCGCCAAUACAGAGAGAAUUAGACUGUCUACUUCGCAGCAAAAAUCAAUAGUAUGAACCUGCAGGGUCGGAGGCAGCAUUCUCAGGACAGCACUCUCAGGACCCUAGGUUUUUGUGACAGUGCCACUGCAGGGUUGGAGGCUUCUAAAAACACUUCAUCCGUUAGCUAAAAGUUAGCUCACAGUAGUAAAAGGUGAGAGCUAGCGGACUUUUACAUCGGAUUACCCUUCUUGCAAAAAUGGAUACGUUUUUAAAAAAAAAAAAAUUAAGACAAACGUCCUGCCGACACCCCCACCCAAAAGACAAAGUUUUUGCGGAAAUACAAUCUCGACUUCAUUAAAUACGGUUUCGUAAAUGAAGGAACAGAGGCAGUGCCAAAAGCCCAGUGUGUGGAGUGUGGGCUAAUGCUGUCCAACGAAGCUCUCAAGCCCUCAAAACUACAGCGGCAUCUAGAGACCAAGCACCCGAUGCUCGUGGGAAAGCCGGUGGAAUAUUUUAGGAGGAAGGAAAUUGGGCUGCAGAUGCAGAAAAGUCUGUCGUGUCACUGACAAGCAACUCUAAAUGUGCAUUGAAAGCCAGCUACCUCGUAGCCAGACGUGUGGCACAGAGUAAGAAAGCAUUCACCAUAGCGGAGGAGUUGGUUCUGCCUGCCGCUGUUGAUAUGUGCCGUGAGCUAAUUGGAGAGGCCGCCGCAAAAAAGCUGCUGAGUGCUGACCAUCCCACUCUCUAACGAGACUGUGAGUCAUCGUAUCGCGGACAUGGCCUCAGACAUACAGCAUCAACUUACAGAAAGAAUAAAAAGUAGCCCUUUUUUUUCUUUGCAAUUAGACGAGUCCACGGAUGUCACGAAUGCUGCACUGCUGCUAGUUUUUGUUCGCUAUCGCUGGGACAAUAGUUUGCACGAAGACAUACUGUUUUGUGGAGAGCUACCAAAACGAACUACGGCUCAGGAAUGUCUCCGCUGCAUGGAUAACUACUUCACUGAGAACGGCCUGGACUGGCAGAACUGUGUCGGGGUGUGCAGUGAUGGUGCAGCAUCAAUGACUGGCAAGCAUCAUGGUGUCAUUACACAGAUACUUGAUCGUGCACCAGAAGCUAAAUGGACACACUGUUUUCUCCACCGUGAAAGCCUUGCAGCAAAACAGAUGUCACCAGAUCUCCACCAGGUGAUGGAUGUAAGUGUGAAAACCAUAAACUUUAUUAAAAGCAAUGCUGUGAACUCCAGAUGUUUUGCUAAGCUUUGUGAGGACAUAGAAACAGAUCAUGUCCAGCUGCUAUAUCACAGUGAAGUAAGAUGGCUCUCAAGAGGACUGGUCCUCAACCGUUUGUUUGAACUGAGGAAUGAGGUGUUCUCUUUUCUCACUGAGAAAAAAUCUCAUCUUGCACAUUACUAUGCUGACACAAUGUUCACAGCAAAACUUGCCUACCUCUGUGAGAUUUUUUCACUACUGAACCAACUCAACACCUCACUUCAAGGAAGAAACAGCAACAAAUUUUGUGUUGCAGACAAAGUUGAAGCUUUCAAGAUGAAACUUGCUUUGUGGACCAAGAGGGCCCAGGAAAAGAGGAUGGACAUGUUUCCACUUUUGUCUGACAUUUUGGAAAACUCCCCUCAGGGGAAGAUCAGUGACUCAGUCUCCCAGCACCUCUCCCAACUGGCAGCGAAAUUUGGUGACUACUUUCCUGAGGAUCCCAGAGAGGGAAACAUGUGGAUUUUGGACCCAUUUUCAUUGGAUUCCACUGUAAAUGAUGUUGCUUUGCCCUCACACCUGGAAUCCCAGCUUCUGGAAGUUUCUACUGACAGCACUUUAAAGCUGCAGUGGGGCAAACUGGACCUGGGCUCCUUCUGGAUUGCUGUCUCAAAGGAGUACCCAUGUGUUGCACUGAGGGCUGUGAAACUCCUUCUCGCAUUCACAACUACGUACCUGUGUAAAUCAGGAUUCUCCAUUGUGGCCACAACUAAGACCAAAGCCUGAAACAGACUCAGAGCAACUCUGGAGGCUACUCAGAGUGAGCCUUUCUCCCAUUCCACCCAGACUGGAUCUGAUUAUGUCUCAGAGGCAGGCCCAAGUGUCUCAUUAAGAGGUGAAGAUAAAAGGGAGUUGUAUUAUUGUUGUUAAUUGUUGUUAUUAUUUGUGUCAUUGUUCAUUUGUCACAGAUAUAAAGAUUCUUCUGGUUCUGCCAUGCAAAAAUGGAGACUGCUGAAGCAAUUUUACAAUGGCUUUGCAGAUUA